UUUUGUGCCUUUCAUUUCAUUUUCUCUCGUUGCUGUCUUUGAAUUUAAGCAUUUUAAUUUAUUUUUUUAAAAGAAAACAUUUAAGUUUUUAAGUCAUGCAGAACCCCUCACCUCCAAUUUAUGGCCAAAAACCGAUGACCCGCAUCCCCGUGCCGGGCCAGUUACAAGCUAAUCAUCCCGGAACUUGGUCCACUGAACUUUUUGACUGUUGCUCUGAUGUCCCAAACUGUUGCAUAACUUGUUUUUGUCCAUGUAUUACAUUUGGACAGAUUGCAGAGAUCGUGGACAAAGGAACUCAUUCUUGCGGUGCAAGUGGAGCUCUGUAUUUUUUGAUACAAUCAUUAACUGGAUGUGGAUGCAUCUAUUCAUGCUUUUAUCGUACAAAGAUGAGGAAACAAUACAAUUUGCCAGAAAGCUCUUGUGGGGAUUGUUUGCUUCAUUUCUGCUGUGAAAGUUGUGCUUUGUGCCAAGAGUACCGUGAGCUUAAACACCGUGGAUUUGACAUGCAUAGUGGUUGGAAGGCAAAUAUGGAGAACCAAAACAGAGGGAUAGCAAUGGCUCCACAAGUUCACGGAGGAAUGACUCGUUAAUUAAAUGGACAAAAUGUUGACUUGUUCAGUCUGAUAUAUGUAUUGCUCUUUCUUUAAAAAAAAAUGUUGAGAUACUUAAAUAUUGCUCUUGUCCUCGCAAGAUGUUAUAUUGGUUGUUGAUUGUUUAUGAUUA